AUAAUUACCUCGUUUACCGCUGCCAAACGGCCCUAUAUUACUACCUCAUUUCUCGGUCCCCAUUCCAGCCAGAGACGCUGCUCGCAUGUUCGCGUGCGCUACGGCGCUGCUGAGCUAGGCAGGCUGGCGUCGAGGUAGCAGGAGAGGGAGGUAUAGCAGCCGCCUGGCUGUCUAUUGUCUAACUGGUAUUGUCUAUUUUCUCCCUCCCCCAAAGGGAACAAAACACCGCAAGGUCUCGGCAUCUGCCAUCGCCAUGUCUGAAGCUCUGCUCCUGCAAAACACUGUCAACAAGCCGGGAACUUCAUGUCUUGGCUGUCGGAGGCGCAAACUCAAGUGCAGUCGAGAGCCGGAAGGUUGCUUCAAUUGCACCAAGAGCGACCUGCCCUGCGUCUAUCCCCAGCCGGAUGUAGGUGUCAAGCGAAAACGAGGGCCGUACAAGAAGGACAAGCCGCCACGCCAACGACAUCUUGAAGAUCUCGUCAAGUACCUGGAGCCAAAGGCCGGCUCAUCGGAAUCGCCUACACACGAAGUCUCGGCGAGCCCUGGUCAGGCCCUGUCUUCUGCUCACCCCGGAGCAAUACCGCAUCCUGCUGCGAACGGGCGGCCACCAUCACAGCCUGCAGACCAACAGAGUCUCGUCACAGAUGCCUUGGUGGCUCUCACACGCUCUGCCGCCAAGGACGAGGAUCUGCGUAAGGAUGAUGGAGGCCUCGGUAUGCAGCAUCAUCAGACUGCCGCCCCUGGGCCGUACUACUCCAGCAGCAACCCUCAUCCCACCCCUCGGCGCAUCUUUGAGUACUGGCAGUUAUUUGUGACGCGCGUGGACCCCAUGGUCAAGAUCAUUCACUGUCCAACAUAUUACAAGAAGGUUCUGAAUGUCAUCGAUGACCCUGUCAAUGUGCCCUCUCAAACCAGUGCAAUGAUGUUCAGCAUCUACUAUGCUGCCCUGAGUACAUGUUCGGCACAAGAGACAAGAGAGAGAUUUGGAGAAGCCCAGGAGGUACUUAUUGCUCGAUAUGGCAAAUGUAUCAAGGACGCAGUGCGUGCCAACUACGACGCUCCUCAGCUCGAGGGCCUGCAAGCUUUGGUGCUGUACAUUGUGUGUAUACGUCGAUCGGACAAAGUAAGCGACAUUGGGGACUUGUUUCACGAGGCCGUCAGGUGCGCACAGUUCAUCAAGCUCGAACAAGACCCAGAAGGGAGGUAUCCGCCCUUUGACGUCGAGUACAGACGGCGGCUGUGGUUUCACCUGUGCGGACUGGAGUCGCGCACAGCGGAAGAGGGCGUCUCGAGAAAGUACUCCAUUCUGAAGGGGCAGACGGUGGAGAUGCCAAGGAAUCUGAACGACUGUGAUCUGAAUCCCCGAAUGACUGUGCCACCACGUUCCCGAGACGGUAUUACCGACUCGACGUUUCCAAUACUCAGAUUCGAGAUUCACGUGCUGGUAUUCGGCAUAUGGAAUAUUAGGAAGAAUUCGCCUGCAGACGUACCUGGCGUUACUGAGAGCCAGAGGUCAUUCUAUAAUCUCUCCAAGGAGAGGCUUGAUCGAUUGUACAUGAUGUACAUGGAUGACUCUCGUCCGUACGACUGGCUUUGUAUGAACUUUGUCGAAGGCAUGCUCACCAAAGCACGGCUCAUCAUCAACUUCCACACCGGGACAGUACCAACCAACACGAUGCCCCUGGCAGAUAGAAUGGCGUUGCUCGAAUCGUCAGUCGAUAUUAUCAAGCGCACACAUGCACUAGCCGUGGAUGAGCGCAUCAGUGAUUGGGUGUGGUACUUUAGAGGCUAUGUGCAAUGGCACUCUCUCGCAAUCGUUGUUGCUGAGCUGGGCUGGAGUCGAGACGAGAAGUUUGUGACUAUGGCUUGGAAUGUGCUGGACGACAUUUUGGGAGAAUGGGACAGCUUGUACCAAACAAAGAAAGAUGAUCCCGCGUGGACUCAUGUCAACGAAUCCAUCCAGCGAGCGCGGAAACUACGGAAACGCAACCGAUUGAGUGCCACUUCUGAAGGCCAUAACCAUCAUAAGAAGCCUAGACAUACCGCGCCUCCCACCAAUCACGUACACGCACCUGGUCCAUCUGGUGGUGGCUUGGCGCAAUCGAUUGCCCAUCUACGACAACCUCUCCAGCACAGACCGGCACCGAGCAGUACAAUGCCACAACAAUACAUUCAGAAUGCUGCUUCUUCCUACUACGACGGACACCCACAACCCUACACCGACGAACGAUCACAGCCAUACAACAACACAACAUCACUCAAAAACGAGGGCCAGACAUCCGAAUCCCAAGUCCCCGGCGGACCAUUCGGCCCCGGAGACGAAGUGAGCCCAAUGAGCAGCGAAGGCAACUUUGACGACGACCCUUUCCCAAAUGUCAAUUGGAACGCGUACAAUAGUGUCUUCACCAAUGAUGUCUGGGACACGUGGAAUCACAUGCCAGACAUGCAACAAUGCACACUGCAAAACGAUACGACUUCUUCUGCCCAUACUUGGUGGCCCCCUCAGCAGAAUAUGAUCAUGCAGAACUAUGGUCAGUAUUCAGGCUGAUUGUAAGUCACUAAGUGUCUCUAAAGAAGAACAAAGAAGCAAGAGAAGGAGGAGGAGGAGAAGGAGGAUGAGGAUAAAAAUAUCCCACGUCGUGGCUUUUUGCGAUCAUACCUGAGGUAUAUAUAUCCCGAAAUAAAAACUAUUCAUAC